AUGUUGUGGUUAUGGAGUCAAGGCACUGACUCGACAUCCUCUUCACUCGCACUUUUAUUUAUACCCUGGUUGAUUCCCCCUCCAAUCCCAUUCCUCUCCCCUGCAUCCUUUCUCUCUUCUCUUAACAAUGGAUUCCUACCCCCAUUCACGGAACUCCCCCACCUUCUACCCAUCUCCGUCCCAUCCCAACCCUACGAUGUCUAUGAUACUUCUCUAUCAGCCGACCAUCCAUUUGUGACGCGAGCAUCACAGUUCCAAUUCCACUUGACGUCUCCCUUUGACCAGCCCAAGCCUCGCGAUGCAUCAUCGGCCACACAACCUUGGUGGAAGAAUGACGACCCCUCACUCAACAUGAACUAUAUCUCCCCCGAGUUCCCAGUCUCGGCGGAUCGCUUCUCUCCAUGGAACAGUGAAAUCUCCACGAUUUCAGACCCGCAAAGUCCGCGGAGUAGUAAUGCCGGGAGUGUACCGGGCAUGAACUGUAUCGCAUCCCCUCAUUACUACCAUGACGAACUUUCCAUGACCACAGCCACCACUACCGAUGAGCAGGCUGGUUAUCCUGCUCCAGACGCUCUCGUCGAUAUUCACCACCCCUCUUUCCUAUCUAAACCGGGUGUUUUCGAGGUGCAGCCCGAUCAUCGCUCAUCCUUCGACACGGACUUGGACCCCUGGUCUGGAAGUCAGUCAGACCGAAAUGGGACGCCUGAACAACAAUGGCCGUCUCCACUUCCAGCCGAGUCCACCACUUUCCCUCAACCUCAAAGGCGGGCCAAAGCCCGUUCAGCUCCGAAAUCUCGCGUGCGCAAGACCGCCGAAUCGCGAUCAACUGCUACAACCGCUCGCAACGGCCGCCGGCGCGCUAUAACCAGCACUAAUAAUGGCGAAAAUGGUGCACCUCGAACGUUUAUCUGCAGCUUUGCACCGUACGGAUGCCAAAGUACCUUCGUCUCGAAAAACGAAUGGAAACGUCACGUCACUUCCCAACACCUCCAGCUAGGCUUUUAUCGCUGCGAUGUUGGGAAAUGCAACACCCAUACCCACGUCACCCCGUCCAAUCCAUACCUCACCCCCUCCAAAUCCCCCCGAUCCCGUACUUCCAGCCCACCGCCCGGCCAACCCAAUGAUUUCAACCGCAAAGACCUCUUCACCCAGCACCAUCGGCGCAUGCACGCCCCUUGGCUCCAAGCAGGUCGCCGUCGCACCCCAACAGACGCCGAGCAUGCCGCUUUCGAAGCAGGUCUAGACGAAGUCCGACGACGGUGCUGGCACGGUCUACGCACGUUGCCGCAGCAAAGCCACUGCGGUUUCUGCCGAGAGGUCUUUUCUGGGGAAGGCAGCUGGGAUGUGCGGAUGGAGCAUGUCGGACGCCAUUUUGAGCGGGAGGACCGACAGGGGCUCGGCCAGGAGGAAGAAGAUUUGGCAUUGCGCGAGUGGGGGCUUCGUGAGGGGAUUUUGACUAUUGUGGAUGGAGGACGUUGCCGGUUGGCGUCGCUCGUUGGGGAAUAA